AUGGCUGGAGAUGUGGUGAUGCGUCUUUGUGACGACAUAAAACACAAAAAUCACAAGGUGUUUUUCGAUAACUUCUUCUGCAGUAUUCCACUCAUCGAGGCCUUGAAAGACCAAGGCAUCUAUGGUACAGGUACAUGCAGAGCCAAUAGGCUAAAGGGAGCAAAUCAGAAACUAAAAAGUGAAAAACAACUAAAAGAAAUUGGCAGAGGAGCUUGUUCUGUUGUCAGCAGUAAUGAAAACAUCACUGUCACACGUUGGCUUGACAGUUCAGUCAUCCACAUGGUCUCGUCCUGUGCUGGCCAGUCCCCAGAAGAUGUUGCACACCGAUGGGUCAAGAAGGAACAAAUGAUGGUCAGGGUCCAAAAACCCUUCUCUGUGGCCCUUUACAAUCAACACAUGGGUGGGGUUGAUCUCGUUGACCAGUGCCUGGCAAUGUACCCCCACAGACGUCGAAACAAGAGGUGGUACAUCCGAGUGUUUUUUCAUUUUUUGGAUGUGGCCAUUGUAAAUGCCUGGCGUCUCUACCUGAUGUCUGGAUUGGACAAGAUGAGUCUCCUCCUUUUCAAAGCUUCUGUGGCUCGUGCACUGAUAAAUAGUGGCACCCUCCAGCUCAGCAGAGGAAGAGGAAGACCCAGUGCGACCCCACCACCCGUGAAGCGGAGAGCAGUCACCAAAGUAGCCCGUGAGGUCAGGUUUGGCACAGGAAACCACUGGCCCCAGCUCACCGAAGUGAAAAAUGCAAACAGAUGCCAUGAUGCUGCAUGCAGGCGGAAGACCAAAUACAUCUGCAUGCAUUGCUCUGUGCCACUGUGCCCUGGAUGCUUUGCGAACUUUCAUACAUCCUAG